AUGACACAAUCCAAUAAGGCGCAAGCAGUUGCCAUUGCCAUCAUUGCAGUGGUUUCAAUUUUAUUGGUUAGUGCUGUGGCUUAUUUAUUCUUCCAAGUCAACAAUUUGCAAGAGGAGAACAAGAGUCUUCGACAUAAAUGGCAGACUCUGCAUGUUCUACAUGAAUGUAUCGAGGUAAAUAUCUGCUCCGUAUUAUCUGAGACAAAGGUCAAAUCUUGGCAUUGUAUUGUAUUGUAUGCAAUUAAGCCGAUCGAUGAUUAAUCAACGAAUAUUGUUUAUCUCAUAGAGAAAGACUGCCAAACAGAAUGAAAAAAUACGUUGUGGUAAGUAAGCUAUUUAAUAGUAUUUCUAGAAUAUUAUGAUGCAACGACCGCGCCAAGGGCAAACUUGAACAUUAUCCAACUAUGUUAAAACUGUAGAUGCGUACUCUGUUGUCUAGUGUUAUGUUGUUAAAACUGUAGAUGCGUACUUGUCUCCUUUUCCAAUUCUUGGAAAUAUUGUACGUUGCGAAAACAAAAAUGUUUCCACCAUGCAAGAAAUUCAUGAUCAGUUUCAUAUUGUGUUUCACCAAUGAAUGUGAUUUUGGUUGUGGAACAUUGUUUCGUGGUGUGCUCAACAUUAAAAAAUGCACACCAUUCAAAAACGCGGCUCCAAUGAAUGUUACGCCACAAUGUUUCUUUAAUGAGCCGAAAGCUUCACUGUACCACAGCGCUGAUACUUACCUUUUUCAGGUGUUAAAGGAGAUCGAGGCAAGAAAGGCGACUCUGGGUAUGACGGUAUUGGUAUACCUGGAAAAGAUGGAAUGAAGGGAGAGAAAGGUUAGACUAAAUAACAAUUAAAAUUAUACAAGAUGGGUGUAGUAAGGACGUCGAUGAUACAUGCAGUGGACAGUUCCGCCACAAUGUCUAUCAGUGCCUCUAACAUUAUAUUAACACUGAAGUGCAAAUAUGACUGCAGUAGGAGUGUCAAUCAUCAAGUGUCAACACGAGCGAAAGACUUCGACUAAGAAACAAAGGUCUCGUGAGGUAUUAACGCGGCACUGGACACGGGUUAGGUUGAGAAAAAUCUUGAAUCGAAUGUGGGAGUUGAAAACGAACCUUCAAUUGCUGAGCUACGAUUCAACUGUUUGAGUCCCGCAGCCUAGAUGCAGUAGGAGACUAACACUACUUAAGUGAAAUCUGCAGUAAAAUUGUAUGCCUUGAUCUCAAUGUAUACGCACUGAGGAAUAAGAACGUUAUAAUCCAGCCCAAGUAAAAUAAUUAAUUAGUAUAGUUUAUCUGUAUGUACAUGUCACAAAAUAUUGAUACUUAGUAUGCUACAGCCAUAUACGUGACAUAUAUUCAUACAUAUAUUCAUUGCAGGAAGGGCUGGUUCUCCUGGAGUAAAAGGUGGGAUAGUUCUUAUUUAGUUUCCAUUUUAAAAUACAUAAUUUAUUUCCAGUUCCAAGUAAUAUUAAAUUAUUAUUAUAAAAUUUGAUGGACUUUGGUAACGUUUUCAGCAUCGUAAAUCCUCUUUAGAAAUAUCAUUCAUCUUCCUAAUGCAUUGCAGUGAAAUGCACCAUUUGAUAAUAUUUUUACAUUAUAUAGGUGAUCCAGGAAUUUGCAAUAGCUCUUGUGGACAAAAUUUGUCAGUGGAAAACAAGACAGUACGUAUGGUUGUUGUUGUUGUUGUUGUUGUUGUUGUUGUUGCGCUGUUUCGUAUGCAGCUUGAUAGUAAGAUUUUAUUUUGCAAGUGUACUCUGUUAAUACUCAGAAAAAUAUACGAGCUCACAAGCUCCGUCAAUACACACCUACACACCCUUCCAGAAUGUACAUAUUUUAGUUGCCCAGCCUUACUUUUGUGGAAAAAGUUUGCGUUUGGCGCCUUUUAUACCUUGGUGCAUAUGAAGUUAUUUUACAUUAUAUGCCAGUAGCGUGAGUUAAGUUCUGAUAUACUGGGUAUAGUAAAGCAACAAACAUGUAAAGGCUCCUUUUCACUCAUCGGGAAAAACAACUCGCAAGCUCGCUGUGAGUGCUUGUAUUUAAUGAAAAUAAACUAUCGAGCAUAGUGAUUGAUGAAAGCACACGCAGUGAGCUUAAAAGUUGACUUAUGCAGCGAUAAAUGAUGGAAGAGAGACUUAACACAAACAUAUAUCGCAGGCAUAGUUCAUUAAUUAUAUCAAAAUUGCAUGACGUGAAUUAAAUAAAUAGACCUAAUAUGGCGUACUAUUUAAUAUUAGCGAAAUAAUUCUAAAAAUAAACGUUGUCUAAGUUUAAACAAAGCAUGGGCAACCGAUCUUUAUCUGAUAUACAAACUCUCGCCUUCGGCUAGCCUUCGGCUCGAGUUUGUAUAUCAGAUAAAGAUUGGCUGCUCAUGUUUUAUCUAGUACUCGGUAGAUGCGUGUUUGUGAUGCGUGAGUUUCAAAAGAUUAAGGUGGCUCACGACACUUUUUUAAAAAUUAAAAAUUUUCUGAUUUGAAUAUGAAUUUCUGGAGUAUUAUUAUUUGUUUAAAAACAAAGAGUAUCUCACUGGUAUAACACAAUAACUAAGGAGUUGGGAAUUUUUCAAGAAUUACUCCUAACCGUAGUUGCUAUGGCAACAAUAACGUCACAACAUGGCGGAUAUUUUAUGUUUAAAGUAAUUUAACUCGAAAAAAAGGUCCGUGACCCCCGGUUUUUAUUUCAUAAAAUUAUUUCUAUUGGUAUUUUGAAUUAUUUUACUGAUUUAAAAAACAUUCUGUCAUGCCGAAAUAUUUCAAAAUAGGAAAAUGUGAAAAUUCGUAAUAAUUUUUUUGUCAUGAUUGAAAAUUUGUUAAAUCAUGAAAAUAUUUCAAAAUACUAAAAGAAAUCAUUUUAUGAAAUAAAAAAUUGGGGUCACAGACCUUUUUUUCGAGUUAAAUUAUUUUAAACAUAAAAUAUGCGCCUUGUUGUGACGUAAUUGUUGCCAUAGCAACGGCAGUUAGGAGUAGUUUUUGAAAAAUUCCGAACUCCUUAGUUAUUGUGUUAUACCAGUCAGAUACUCUUUGUUUUUAAACAAAUAAUAAUAUUCCGGAAAUUCAUAUCCAAAUCAGAAAAUCUUUAAUUUUUAAAAAAGUGUAGCGAGCCACUAAUUUAAACUGUUAUUCAACAUGUCCUAACUUGACUAUCGUAUUCUCAUGCAGGACUCUCCGUUAAUACAUAUGGUAGGAGAUGGAAAACAAAAUAAGAGAAUAGACAACUUGGAAGGUAAGAUUUUGUGCUUACUAUAUCUAGAAGUAUAUUAUAGCUAUACGUUCUAUAGCGUAACUUUAUUAAGUCGACUGAGUUCACGGCACAUGUGCGAGAUGAGCAUAAAAAUGAAUACAAAAAAAACUUCCCCUGACCAGGAUAAACAGUUUUCCAUGCAAGAAGAAACUGGUUCCAGAUCUGGAAAAAAGUUUCGGGAUCCUGAGGAAACAUUUGCCUUGACAAGAGGAUUUAAGGAACAUUUCCGCCAUAUAUGUUUAAUACGUUAUGUAACAUGAAUACAGUCAAGUAUACAUCGUUCUUGAAUACCGUACAUAAUAUGGCCAAUAUGCUGUCAGAUUUUCCAUUUUUUUACGCACUUUUGAGGAACAUUUGAAAAAGGCCAAGGGUGCGAGUUUUAAAAAUCAAUUCAGCCUGACAACUCACGUAGCGAAAAUAAAGCGACGCCAAACUUCGUUUGGGCAUCGGCUGUUCAUAUGGGGCCGCGGGCUGGCCCAGUCAACCGGGAUGAUUCGUUUAAUAAAGUUCUUUCACGGCUUUGAUAAACAUCCAAAAUGACAUUUCAAAGCUGAACUAGUUUGAUUCCAGUAACAGUAUAAAGAUUAAAGUUCAUUCAAACGAUCUUUUAUGGCCAGGAAAAAAGUUUCCUGACACACCGGAUUCAUCCCGGCUAGCAGGAAUGGCACGGCUCAUAUAUGAACAGAGCCUAAGUCUGAGAAAAAUCUAAAUAUAUUUUAUUUCUAGAAUCAGCCGUGUCUUUCUGGAAUGUGACAUGCAAGGCAGGUGAUAUAUCGUACAGCAAAGCGGAAGGAAAGCUGUCAAUCAAUGUCAAAGGAUUUUACUACAUAUAUAGUCAAAUGGCUUAUUGUGGGAAAAAAGAACGAAACGUCGGACACACCAUGUCAAUUAACGGCAAAAACGUCCUGAAAUCAACAGUAACUGCCAAAGUUUUAGGAACUCACAGAGUAGGAGGCAUUUUCAAACUCAGAAAAGGCGACAAAAUAGCGAUCAGUCCUGUUGUAACAAAUCUGGAAUACUGUUUCUCUAGACAAGAGGCUUACUUUGGCGCUGUUCUUGUUCGCAAGUAA